CCCAGAUCCGUCGCCAUGGCCAGCCAGGAGCUGGCGCGUAAGCUGCAGCGGCGACUGCAGUGGGAGGAGGCGGAGGAGGGCCGCCCCCAGCCCGCGUCCUGUGCUUUCGCGGCGCGGGAGCCCGAACCCGAGUGCGAGCCCCCAGCCUGGGCGCCCACCGCCAGCGCGGACGCCGAGCUGAGCGCGCAGCUGACCCGACGGCUGGACAUCAACGAGGGCACCGCGCGGCCUCGCCGCUGCAAGGUCUUCAACCCCUACACCGAGUUCCCGGAGUUCAGCCGCCGCCUCAUCAAGGACCUGGAGAGCAAGUUCAAACUGUAUGAUGCUGGACGGGAUGGCUUCAUUGACCUGAUGGAGCUGAAGCUGAUGAUGGAGAAGCUGGGUGCUCCCCAGACCCACCUGGGCCUGAAAAAUAUGAUCAAGGAGGUGGACGAGGACUUCGAUGGCCAGCUCAGCUUCCGCGAGUUCCUGCUCGUAUUCCACAAGGCUGCGGCUGGGGAGCUGGAGGAGGACAGCGGGCUGAUGGCGCUGGCCAAGCUCUCUGAGAUCGAUGUGGCCCAGGAGGGCGUCAAAGGUGCCAAGCACUUCUUUGAAGCCAAGGUCCAAGCUUUGUCCUGUGCCAGUAAGUUUGAGGCUGAGCUAAAAGCCGAGCAAGAUGAGCGGAAGCGGGAGGAGGAGAAGAGGAGGCUCCGCCAAGCUGCCUUCCGGGAGCUCAAGGCUGCUUUCAGCACAUAGUCAAGUAACCUUGACCUCCAUCCACACAGUGCCUCACAGAUGCCCCUGAGAGAGCUGGCUGGGCACCCUCACCCCUGCCGCUCCCACCCCUACCCAGCCUCCACACCCACCACCCGGUGUAAACUCCGCAGCCUCUUGGUGGGGCAGGGGAGGCUCUCGUCCCUGUGUGAGAGGGGCUCCCACAGGGUCCCAGGGUCCUGGGAUGAGCCAACUGGCCCCCUUGCUUCUCUUUCCUGCCCUCCUUCCUAUGUAGUCAGAAUGUGCCUCUACUUGGCAGUUUGUACUUUUUCCUUCUCCCUUUGCCGCUCUGCAUCAGAGAGUGUUAAUUUGUGCAGAUAUUUCUUUCUUUGAUGGUCCUCAGAGGAGAUAGUCCCUGGAGGGCUCUGAUGUUAAUGUUGCCCCCAUUUUCUUGGGUGAUUCUCUGCCCCUCUCCUCUCUGGGUCCCCCCCGACCCUCGCUUUGUUUCUUAUCCAACUUCUCUGUUUCCAUUCUGAGCCUGAUUCUGCCAGUUGCUUUUUGCAUCUUCUGUCUUUUGAUGAUGGUGAGGUUGAAGGCA